GCAGGUAGUGAAAGAACAGAUAAUGAGAGCGCUCACGACCAAGCCUAGCUCCCUGGAUCAGUUCAAGAGCAAACUUCAGAAUCUCAGUUACACGGAAAUACUGAAAAUACGCCAGUCUGAAAGAAUGAACCAGGAAGAUUUCCAGUCUCGUCCGAUUCUGGAACUAAAAGAGAAGAUUCAGCCUGAGAUCUUAGAACUGAUCAAGCAGCAACGUCUCAAUCGACUUGUGGAGGGCACCUGCUUUAGGAAACUCAACAGUCGGCGUCGGCAAGACAAAUUUUGGUACUGUCGACUUUCACCCAAUCACAAGGUCUUGCACUACGGAGACUUGGAAGAAAGUCCACAGGGAGAAGUCCCACAUGAUUCCUUGCAAGAUAAAUUGCCAGUGGCAGAUAUAAAAGCUGUUGUGACUGGCAAAGACUGCCCUCACAUGAAGGAGAAAGGAGCUCUUAAACAAAACAAGGAGGUGCUAGAGCUUGCUUUCUCUAUAUUAUAUGACUCAAGUGGCCAGUUGAAUUUCAUCGCUCCAGACAAGCACGAGUACUGUGUAUGGACCGAUGGGCUGAACGCCCUCCUCGGGAAGGAUAUGUUGAGUGAUCUAACGCGGAAUGACUUAGACACGCUGCUCAGCAUGGAGAUAAAGCUGCGCCUCCUCGACUUGGAAAACAUACAGAUCCCAGAUGCUCCCCCGCCUAUCCCAAAGGAACCCAGCAACUACGACUUUGUUUAUGACUGUAACUGAGGCCGCCACUGAAACUCGCUUUGAAACUGGAAAUAAUAAAACUGGAGAGAUAUUAUAGAAAAAAAAAAAAGAGAGAGAAGAGUGUGAGGAAAAAAACAAACCCACUUGUGCACCUUGGAUUUCGGCUUUGGAGAGGGGUGUAGAAACACUUGCAUUCCUCCCUGGUCCCUGCAUCCCUCCCUUCCCCAUUCUCAUCUUCCCCAUCGCUCAUCCAAAUCCACAUUGAUUUAAUUAAUUUGUCAUUGCAGGCCCUUGGCCUUGCUUAAGGCAAAGACUGCCACUAAGAAGCACCCUCUCAAGGACUUUUUUUACAUUUUUAAUACUGGAAUAGACAUUCUUAACUAAAAGACGUUGUGAUCAAACUGCAUGCCUGUGAAACCCACUUGGCAGGGCAGAGGCUUUAACUGGAAGGAGGAGGGAGGUGGGGGAACUGGAGCAGCUACUGUAAGCAAGACGACUUCCCCGGUAACGACUUCCCCCAGUACUCCCAAGAGUCUGCUCACAACUGAACCCAACACGAUGACGAAAAUCAUUCACUGCUUCCCAGUGCUUGCACCAUUCACCACCGUCAUUAUUCUUCCCACUGCCAUCUCGACUCUUGCCACCAGCAUUCACCCAGCUGAUCGCCUCCCAGAAUGGAAAAGUCUGCAGGUUUUUGCUGUACCAUAACGCUGUGACAGCUUGUAACUUCUUUUCCUUCCACCUCUUAAAUAGCCCCACACUAGCAGAUCACUGGCACAAACUGUGUAUGAAGCCACAAGUAUGUCCUGUCCCUGUAGAGUUCCCUGAGCCUCAGUUCCCUAUAAAAUUGGCUUGUUGCUAUUCAAAGUGAUUUUGAUUUAACUCGUCCAAAGCUCAACAGCAAUUUCCACAAAUUAAUUACAACUGCCAAACAUCCAGGUUUACAUCGUUGUCAUUGCUACAGUGUUAGAGAUUUGCAAGGGAUUUUUUUUUGUACGGGUUCUAAUUUUUUUAUUUUAUUUUGCCAAACAGAUAUAUUUAAUGAAAACUAAUUUCAUUGUGAGUACUUUUGGGGGAGAAUAUUUUUACUUAAUUUCCAUUCAGAACAUUUGCCCUGAAAGGGAAAAAAUAAUAUUUCCCUUCAACUUCACUGUUGAAUAAAACCCUGAGUUGUGAUGAUU